AUGACCACAACUGCUCAAGACGAGCAUCAAAUCGAGUCUAAUGAGGCGCGGCAAAAACAUGGCUUCCUCGGCUGCUGGAGAAGCAUUUUCAAGUUCACAGCAAAGGCACACUUAUUCAUUCUAUUGCCGGCCACUGCCACCUCAGCCGCCGCAGGAUGCUUGCAACCAGCAAUGGCAUUCUUUUUCGGGAAGUUCUUCGACACUUUUUCCGACUUUGCUGCUGGGAAGACUGAUGGCUCAACCUUCAUGGACCGCUCUCUAGGUAGUCUCCACGCGCUCUUGGGACUUGCAGCCGCCACAUUUGUUUUCAAGGGCACCCUUUUUAGCCUCUGGCUAGUGUUUGGCGAGAUGCAGGCAAGGAGCAUUCGUGAACUGCUCUUCCAAUCUCUACUCGAUCGUGAAAUAGAAUGGUACGAGGCGCGAACAACGGGGGUAGGGACGCUCCUAACCAGGUUCCAGAGGUACGACGUGUCGAGAGUGACAGGCCACCUUUCUAAUGAUAUCAGACAGAUCAGUGAACUGCAACUAGGAACCUCGCAGCCUCUUGGUUUCGUAUUUGUGUGUCUGGUUCAAGCAUUGGCUGGACUUGGCCUCGCAAUGGUCACAAACUGGAAGUUGACUCUGGUUGUGCUCUCGGCAAUCCCUGUCAUCGCUAUUGGCAGCAUCCUCAUUUCUCGACGUGUACAAGCGAAUAUCGACUACCGGAACGAAACACUGACUACCGCCACCACCUUAGCCAAUAAGUGUGUCACAAACAUCGUUACCGUAAAGUGUUUCAACACUCAAGACCAAGAAGCAAACAACUACUCUUCAGCAGUCAGGGCGGCCGGUGUGUUCUCCUUGAAGCAGGCCUUUUCCACUGCAUUGCAAUCUGGGUUCGUACGUUUUACCACGACCGCAAUGUUCGUCCAGGGGUUCUGGUAUGGUGGUACACAGGUCCAUUCGGGUGCAACUAGUGCCGGCAAAGUGGUCACGACAUUUUGGGCCUGCCUCAUAACUGCGAAGGCGAUUGAGGACAUGUUGCCACAUUGCAUCAUUCUUCAACGAAGCCAGUCGUCAGCUUCAGCAUUGGAGACAGUGGUGAACAAAGUCUUGGAAGGGCAGCCGCAACUGCGAAAUGUGGGUAGAUUGUCGCCACAAUUUUGCGAGGGGAACAUCGAAAUCCGGGCGGUUUCAUUUGCCUACCCAUCAAGACCCACAUCCCUGGCUCUGGACCAUUGUACAUUCUAUUUUCCUGCGGGAGAGACCACAUUCAUCGUGGGCAAGAGCGGGUCUGGGAAAAGCACACUCAGCAAUAUACUGAUGAGAUUCUACCAUCCUAAGACCGGGGCGAUUUUCAUCGACGACAAUGACUUAGGAGAUAUUGAUACAAACUGGCUCCGAAACAAUAUCACUCUAGUCCAACAGAAAUGCGUCCUUUUCAGCGAUACUAUUUUCAGAAACGUUGCGCUGGGUCGACGCGAUUUUGAUCGAGUUACGGAGGUUCGUGUAAACGAAUGCCUUAGGAUGGCAGCUUUGGGACACACCAUUGACCAACUUCCGGGAGGGGUUCAUACUAGAGUCGGGACUAGUGGCUCAUCUCUCUCUGGAGGCCAAAAGCAGCGGAUUGCGAUUGCACGUGCUUGUUUGAGAGACACACCGAUAAUGAUACUGGACGAGGCAACAAGUGCUCUCGACAAUUCGAGCAAGAUAGCUGUCAUGAGAUCUAUUCGAGAAUGGCGACGAGGAAAAACGACCAUCAUUAUUACACAUGAUCUAAGUCAGAUACAGGACAAUGACUUCGUGUACGUUCUUGAAAGCGGUCGAGUCAUUCAGGAAGGCCGUCGUGGGAGCCUUGCCGACUUGAAAAGCGCUGCCACCGGCCAUGGAGCCUACGCAAAGGAGCUGUCAAUCGGACAAAUCAACUGUUCUGAUGAGAGGACCAAAUCCAUGUCACGACGGGGCCUUCCGGGCUCGCCAAGAACGAUUACCCCUUCUUCGCCAUUGAAGAAGGACUCGUUCGACCUUGAUACAGCAGCAAGUGCACAGAGUCACAGCUUGGAAACUGCCCAGGACUCUUGGGGAGGCAGAUCACUUGGACAUCGGCUGAGGAAAGGAUUAUCUGCAAGCAGUGGAGCUGCACUGAAGCUUCUCAAGCGUCAGUCAAUGGCCCGUGCCAAAGCUAUGUAUACUCUUUACCAAACGAAUCCGUCUGAACAUCAGGGAGCGACUUCAUCAUCCGCUGCGUACGCUAAUCCAGCCGCCAUUACCCGCAAAUCGAUUUUCGUGUCAGCCAUCCCAAGAACUCCGAGGACUCGAGACAAACCAUUGCCCACGCCACCCUUGAGAUACGAUGCCAUCGGUGGGAAUAAAAGCAUAGACCACGAUAUCAUGGAUGUAACCCUUGCAGAGAAAGUGAGCAAACACUUGCAGCCAGCAGCUUCAAUCACUGCAGUACUGCUUGCACUAUGGCCCAGCCUCGAUAAUGUCAACCGAAGCAAACUGCUUCUCGGAUUCCUGGCAACCUUGGUCCACGCAGGGGCUCCACCCGCAUUCUCAUAUGCCCUCGUGCAAAUCUUUGAUACCUACUACUUCCCGACAGGAUACGAGAAGAAAGCCUUGACCUACUCAAUGGUCGUUGUUGGAAUUGCCGUUGUCGAUGGCUUUGCGUGUUUUUUCAUGCAAUACCUUCUCGACUCUGCAAGCCAAUCGUGGGUGGACACGCUCCGAAUCCAGGCAUUGCAACGUAUUCUACGCCAACCCAAGGCUUGGUUCGAUGAAGACCACAACAAUCCUGCAGCCCUCAUAUCUUCACUCGAUAAGAAUGCAGAAGAGAUUAAGGAUCUCGUGGAAAAAUUUGCUGCACAGCUCCUCGUCGUUGCUGUUAUGAUGGCUGUGGCUUUCACAUGGUCGAUGCUCUCCUGUUGGAAGAUCACACUGGUCAGCCUUGCGGCCUCUCCGGUGCUCUACAUUCUGGCAAAGGGUUUUGGUAUUGUCUCUGCUUUGUGGGAAUCUCGAACAAGCUCGGCCAGUGACAGUGUCAACGAAAUAUUUGUCGAAUCUUUUGCAGACAUCAAGACAGUACGAUCGCUCACUCUGGAAUCUUACUUCCACAACAAGUAUCGCGAUGCCACACGUCAGGCCUUUUCCAUUGGCGUACGACGAGCUUUAUUCAGCGGUUUCUUCUUCGGCCUAUCUGAUUCCGCCAUCGCUUUCUUCACGCCGAUGAUUUUUUGGUAUGGAGCUCGCCUUGCAACAGAUCACGAGUGGCCGAUUAACUCUAUACUCACCGUAUUUGGACUCCUCUUGUUUUGUACUACCAAUGCGAAUGCGGUCAUCACCUACAUACCUCAGACUAGUUCAGCGGCCGAUACUGCCAACCGCCUCCUCCGACUUGCACGUAUGCAAGUCAACUCUCAUGAAGAAGUUGGUAAGGUCCAACUAGAUGAACAUGACCCAGUCACACUUUCAGGGCCAAUCCACUUCAUUAAUUUGACAUUCUUUUACCCGACCCGACCGGAGGCGGCAGCCCUUCGAAGACUGAAUCUCACCAUUCCCUCUGGGAAAACCACCGCGAUAGUAGGAGCCUCGGGCUCGGGGAAAUCGACCAUUGCAUCCCUCCUCUUAGGCCUCUACCCCCCAACAGCAGAUCACCUCGCACUGUCCCCUUCGAAUCCCAAUGAAGGCCCAGCAUCACUCACACUGUCCGGCCGCGAUAUUCGAACCCUUGACGUCUCCUCUCUCCGUUCCCUGAUCGCCGCCGUUCCGCAGAUCCCAGUACUCCUCCCCACAACAGUACGCGAGAACAUCAUCUACGGUCUCCCCCCCGACUCCCCUUGGACAUCCGCAACUCGCAUUGACUCUGCCGCCCGCGCGGCCGGGAUCCAUGAAUUCAUACAAUCCCUCUCGCAAGGCUACGCCACCGUCAUUGGGGAAGGCGGUCUCGGCGUCUCCGGCGGCCAGGCACAGCGGAUCGUCAUCGCUCGCGCGCUCAUUCGCGACCCCAAGGUUCUCAUCCUCGAUGAAGCGACCAGCGCAUUGGAUCGAGACAGCGCGGCAAGUAUUCGACAGAGUAUCGCUAGACUGAGUCGGGAGAAAAAGGGCAAAUUGACGGUGAUCGUGGUCACACACGCAAGGGAGAUGAUGGAGGUUGCGGACCAUGUCGUGGUCAUGGAGGAGGGGAGAGCUGUUGAACAGGGGCCUUUUACGGAGUUGGUUGAGAGGGGAGGGAGAUUGUGGGCGUUGCUAAAUGCUGGUGAUGACGGUGCAAGUCAGACGGCAUAG